AAAACAUUCCAUUUAAAACACCAAAACCGUCACCGGUUCUCUCUCUGUCUCUCUCUCCUCAGAUCACAACAGCGAGCGACGACCCAAAAACCCCUUUCGAUUCUUCUCUCCUCGCACCAAAAAUUGAAACCAUCAUUUCACAAAAUCCUCAGAAACCGACUCUGUAUUCCUCUUUUUGCAUCGACCAAUCGAUCGAAUUGUGGGUUCUGAGAUUUGUGUGGGCCUGAGGGACAGAGAGAGAGAGAGAUGAGCAUCCACAAGUUCCAAGUCUUCGACUCUCUUCCCGUGUAGUGAAGAAGCGAGAGCGAGUGGUAUUCACAUGGCUAAACGGGUGUACCAAGUUUGGAAAGGAAGCAAUAAAUUCUUCCUCGGUGGGAGGUUGAUAUUUGGUCCAGAUGCCCGUUCACUACUUGUCACCAUAUUGCUGAUAAUUGUUCCAGUUAUUAUCUUCUGUGUAUUUGUUGCAUGGCAUCUUCGUCAUCACUUUUCAACAUACAAUGCAGGAUAUGCAGUUUUGGUGGCAGCAAUCGUCUUUACUAUCUAUGUGUUGGUGCUUCUCUUUCUUACGUCAGCCCGGGAUCCAGGUAUUGUUCCCCGUAAUUCCCAUCCACCAGAGGAAGAGUUUCGUUAUGACACUUCGACAUCAGUUGAGGUUGGGGGAAGACAAACACCAAGCCUACAGUUUCCUCGAACAAAAGAGGUGAUGGUUAAUGGCGUUUCUGUUAGAGUGAAGUAUUGUGACACCUGCAUGCUAUAUCGCCCUCCCCGUUGUUCACAUUGCUCUAUUUGCAACAACUGCGUGGAGCGUUUUGAUCACCAUUGUCCUUGGGUGGGCCAAUGCAUUGGAUUGCGCAACUACCGUUUCUUCUUUUGUUUUGUCUCAUCCUCCACACUUCUUUGCAUCUACGUGUUUGCCAUGUCAGCUUUGUACAUUAAGGUUCUGAUGAAUGAUCAUCAUGGCACCGUCUGGAAGGCAAUGAAAGAAUCUCCCGCAUCGGUGAUACUAAUGGCUUAUAGUUUUAUUUCUCUGUGGUUUGUAGGUGGACUCACCGGCUUUCAUUUGUACCUUAUUAGCACAAACCAGACUACAUAUGAAAAUUUCCGUUACAGAUCUGACAAUAGGAUCAAUGUUUAUGACCGAGGUUGUGCAAAUAAUUUUCUAGAAGUAUUUUGCACAAAGGUAAAGCCUUCAAGGAGCAACUUCAGAGCCUUUGUGCAAGAGGAGUUACAAAGGCCACCUAUGCCCACCACAAGGGAAGUGGAACCAGACGAUUUGGGGGAGGAUAGGCGUGUCAAGGUAGAAGACGACCUAGAGCUUGGUGGAGAUCUAUUAAAGAUCUCACAACGUCACAAUAUUGAAGAUAUCGAUGCCGAUAUACGCAGCAGAGGGAGUGAUGUGCAUCACCAUAAUUCUUCAGAGGUUGACUCUGUUUUGGGUUCGGAUCGUCGACCCCCUACUGUCCAAUCAGAGACGCGGCACUCAAGUUGGGGAAGGAGAAGUGGAAGCUGGGAAAUUGCACCGGAGGUCCUUGGCAUGAACGCCAACGUCACGGAGAGUAGAAGCUAUGCAACUUCGAGAGAAGCACGCAAGUAAAGGUUAGAUUUAAAUUGUGCCAUUGAAAUGGGUAAUUGCAACGUUGGAUACUUUCAAUGUUUUUAUUGUGGUUGGGGAGGGCUGUUGCUGCUGAUUGGAAAUUGCAUUUAUGGUGCCAGGAGUCAAAUGUAACUCCCAUGGUAGGUACAAAUCUGUAUUGUCGUUUUCUUUUUUUGUUUUCCUUCUUUUUUUUCUUGGUUUCCUUCCUUUUUUUAUUUUAUUUUAUUGUUAAUGCCAACUCCUUUUGUUCUUUGUUCGAGAAAGCAGUUAAUAGAAGUGUGUAAUUGUUUGGGAAGAUGAGGGAUAGUUUUUUUUUUUUUUUUUUUCUUUUUAGUUUCAUUUGUUCUAUGUAUUGAUUUUGUGCAACAGUUUGGUAUUUGGGAUUGAAUUUCCAGUGCUGACUUUAUUCUGUGUGUAA